UUACAUGUUGAUUUCUCCCUCUAUUCUUCCCAUCUUCCCAUCCUGUUAUGAGUGCGUGCUGAGCAUCACCAUCAUACAGCUAGCUCAUCAUGACGCUCCCCUACCGGGACAUUAAUGUCCACGUAGCAGCAGACUCCUAUACUUUUACAUCGCCCUCCUCCCCUAAUGCCCCGGCUCUUAUUGUUGACCGCCCUACAGGUGAUGUGAGAUUAAGCGAAGCUUCUCACUUCCCUAGCAAGCGUGUCUCUCGUGUUUCUAGUAUACCUGGUAUACUAGGCUUUCUUAGACUUAGACUUGACAAGUAUGUUAUCGUCAUUACAAAGAGCCAGCCCAUGGGCCGCCUUAAGGGCCACAUGGUUUACAAGAUUAUCUCGACCGAGUUUCUCCCUAUGCGCGAGCGACAGAUCCGCGACCCUGAUGAGGACCAGUUCCUAUCGCUUCUCAAGACUUACAUCAUGAAGGGACCCAUGUACUUCUCCUAUUCUCUCGACCUCACGAACAGUUUCCAGAGACAAGCUACUAUGGACAAUUCGAGCCCACUCUGGAUGCGAGCCGACGAUCGUUUCUUCUGGAAUAGAUUUGUGCAAUCAGACCUCAUCAACUAUCGUAGAACAGGCAACCGAUCGCAACCAGGACCCCAACCGGGUGCUGACCCUUAUAUCCUACCAGUUAUAUGGGGAACGCUCGAGAUCCGACCGACUACAUUCAAAAACACACCCCUGACUCUUGUUCUCAUCACUCGUAAAGCAAGACACCGAGCCGGAACCAGAUACUUCACCAGAGGUCUGGAUGAGGAGGGACACGCUGCCAAUUACAACGAAACAGAACAGAUUGUCGUUUUGAAUGACACGGGUCGAGGUCUGGGUGGAUAUGCUGGAAGUACCGAUAUGCAAAGCGGCAAAUACCGUACUUCGGAAGGGGCAGAGACGCAGGUAUUAUCUUACGUCCAAACACGAGGCAGCGUACCUGUAUAUUGGGCUGAAAUAAAUGCGCUCAAAUAUACCCCUAAGCUUCAGGUCAAGGGUAUCGAAACAGCCCUUCCAGCAGCCAAGAAGCACUUUGACGAGCAGAUUCGGAUUUACGGAGACAAUUAUUUAGUAAACCUAGUCAACCAGGGUGGGCGAGAAAAGCGAAUAAAGGAAGCCUACGAACAGAUGGUGCAGAUGCUCGUUUCGUCACCAACAGACAAAGUCAAAGGUGACGCGAUCACUGACGAGAAGUUCCACAUUAUUGAGCCCAGUUCCUCGAAACAGGAAUACGACCGUCUACAUUAUAUCUACUUCGACUACCACCACGAGACCAAGGGCAUGCAGAUGCAUAAGGCCAUGUUACUCGUCGAGCAGCUUCAAGAUGCUCUCAUAAAGCAACAGUACUUCCGCGGUGUAGAUAUGCCCGCUAAUGGUGGUAUCGAAACUAGAAACUUCCAGACCAGCGUUGUUCGGACGAACUGCAUGGACUCUCUCGACCGCACAAACGUUGUUCAGAGCAUGCUGGCGCGAUGGACGCUGGACCGCAUGUUUGUCGACCUUGGUCUGCUCCAGCGAGGCGAGACAUUCGCCACCGCAGACACGGCUUUUGAAUUCCUCUUCCGGAACAUAUGGGCUGAUAACGCCGACACUGUGUCCAAAUCGUAUGCGGGCACUGGCGCUAUGAAGACGGAUAUUACCCGUACAGGCAAACGUACAAAGGCAGGUAUCAUGCAAGAUGGCAACAUUGCCGUUACAAGAUUCUACCUAAACAAUUUCCGAGACGGCCCCAGACAGGACGCCUUCGACCUCUUCCUAGGUGCCUACGAGCCCGCGGCCGCUAACAUCGGCUCCUCGUUUAUAUUUGCGGACCGCAGACCUAUCCUCAUCCAGAGCAUCCCCUACGUUCUUGCCUUCAGCAUAUUUUUCGUCUUCGUAGGCCUCUUCACGAGGCGCCUUCCAGGCUCAACCGUCUGGACUAUUAGGCUCUUCAUCCUAUUCUGGUUGUUGGUCGCCGCCUGGAGUUUCAACUUUGUUAUUAAUAACGGGAUGCUCUACGUCAACUGGCCCAAACUCAACCCGCGACCCUGGGCCACCGAGGGCUACCAGAACACCAUCACCAAGAUCCACAACGACGCGCUGCUCGGCCCGUUCGUAGCUGGACACGAGCGCGGAUUAAGCACCGCCCGCUAUCUCAACGCGGAAGAGGGCAAGAAGAGGAUCGAGUAAGGGGAAAAGGAGGAAAUGCCGAUGGGUUUUAUGUAUUUUUACUUUAUAUUGUCCCUUCGACCCGGUUGGCCCAUUCGACAUUACGCUCUAGCAUAAUUGCAUAAUU